AAUCACUCUUUAACUACACUUACAUUCGUUUUAAAAUCUAUGAUUUGGUAUUUUCCUUCGGUUUGAUAUUCGUUUUAUUGUUUUGACUCGGCCAACGAAUUUUAAGUUCCAAUUAUAAAUUCUAUAUUUUCUUUUUGUUUUCAAUUUACUUAUUAACAUUCUGUGUUUGGGAAAAAUUUGCUGAUUACCGAAAUCCAGUAGUUUUACUCAGAUCGUCGGAAUGUCCUUUGGUUGUUUUUUCUUCUGUUCAUCUCCUCUUCUAUCACAUAGUCACUCCUCUAUUUCCACCACACACACGAUUAUCAUUAUGAGCAAUGUUUGUCUAGCAAUUUUUAAAUAUUACACUUUUUCACUGAAUGCAAUGUAAAUAAGAAUUACUCACAGUCUCAGCAAUUGUGGCGUUUUCCGAGACAAUCUUUAUUCUCAUAAAUGACUGAUCACAAAUUCACAUAGAGCCCUAAAGAAACCAUACAUACUUUACCGACUUAUCGGUGGAACUUUUUUCACAGCACGGAUUUGAAUAAACCAAUAGAUUCUAGCAUUCCACUUUUUGGUCUUCACAAACCAUUCUCUUUCUUACACUACACCGGUUAAGCCAUUUCGGUUCCGUUCACUUAUCGAAUAUGUUCGAAAUGUUAUUGAGUUCCAUAAGUUAUGUACAACAGUUAAGUUCUCUGUUAAGAUUAUUUUACUUCAAACAAAUACAUUAAUCACUCUUUUCACGAUUAGGGAUAUCAACCAGCAACCAAUUUAGUAAACUUUGCUUUCACGAAAAGUACUUCCGGCACAAGCACCAAGCGCAAGCACCUUAUUUUUGGAAAAAAAAAGAACAGUUAGUUUACAUUUGAGCUUGACUAAUUUGACUUGUUUUAGCAUGUCCACCAGUUUUUCCUGCUGAUCGUUACGAUCUCGGGUUAAGUCUGUUACAGUUUUCGUUCCGAUCUUUUGAGUUGUUUCAUGUUCCAUCACUGUCAAACAUUGCCCAUUACGUGAUCAGUUCCCAUAAAGGAAAAUCAAACUAUACACAAGUUGAAAUUGUCACAACCUUUGAAAUUUUUAUACCUUACAAUUGGUGAAAUAGCUUGCCCUAUUAACACUACUCCUUCUCCCGCGCUCAUCUAUCCCUCCACACACACACACACACACACACACACGCUCACAUCACCGGAACAUUUCACAUCGCAUAACCACUGUCAAUGUUUCACUGAGGUUGACAACUGUGGGGUCCGAUUCAAAACCUCCCGUCCCACCCACGUUCACUUUCGUCCUGUUUAUAGUGCGUGUGUGUUAAAGCUGAACUUUAUUCUGUCAUUUCUUUUCUCCUCUGAAUUGAUUUGGUUGAAUAGUUUUUUCGAUUUGUUUCGGUUCCAAGAAGCGAACAUUUUUUUGGUUUUACUUUCGUAGACUAGACUUUUCAGUUCCUGUCGUUUGUCGCAUGCUUGUAAAUAGAAGUAGUAUACCAUCGUUAACACCUAGUAUAAAACUAAUUUAAAUUAACCUCCGUCCGUUCCGUUCCACUGGGGACGCGAAUCGUUUGUAUUUUAUGCAACCGUAAUAAAUAUUUCAGUGCACAUCGCACAGGAUUGAGGAGAACAUUAGUAAAUUCGUUUCAGAGCAACUAGUUUGAUGUUUUCUCUUGCACAAUCUCUUCUUCUAUCUGUCACUUCUGUGGUACACAGCAAGAGUGAUGAUCGAACACUUUCUAUUGGUUAAAUGAUUUAAAUUUGUUUUAUGUAGAACAAGGCAAAGAAGAUGGAACCGGUGCGAGGAUUCAGCGGCGUGCGAGAAAACUACUUAAGAUAAACGGUAAUCGAAUAGGUAAUCACAUAUCCAAUACAACAAAAUGGGCCUGAUUCUCGAAUACACUACGAACACACUUCACGGUGGAAACAGAAUGAAACGUAUUCGCGAUGACAACGGUACGGUGUCGACAUCUGGAUACGAGAUUAGUUUCCCACUAAACUUAUCAUUAUAAUAACAAAUUAUCUUCAGAUGAAAUUUUUAUAUGAGAUUAUUAUACCACAUGAAGAAAACAAAGUUUUCCACUCACAUUGAAUACCAGUUUGAUACGAAGAAGUUGAUUUUCAAUAAUGAUGUUUUAUUGGAAAAGUGCUCAUUCUGCCUGAAAACUCAUCAUUAUCUUCGACACUUCACUAACUCGUAAAACGUAGUUCAAUGGCGUGUCGUAAUACGCAUCCCCUAAGCGAGAAUGGAUUUAACUUGACCAUGCUCUUAAAAUUUAAGAUAGCAACUACGUCAGUACGUAAAGGGUGUGUCACAUCAAAUUGCAUCACGGAAAAAACGCUGUAGAAAUUUAAUUUUUAGGAAUUAUAUCUUCAGCUUUCGCUUAUAAUCAGAUAAGAGUGUAUAGAUCACGUUGGCCAUGCUUCACUGUCAAUUUUUCGUAAAUUUGGAAAAAUGUCAUCGAACGAAAAAGAGUGUCGUGAAUUAAUCCUGCGCACUCAUUUCGAGAAUCCGGAGUUAUCACAUCGGGACAUCGGUAAGAUGCUGGGAAUCGUCCAAUCCACGGUCAGCAGAGUACUAAAACGAUACUUCGAGAACCUAACCAUCGACCGGAAGGUGAAGAACGGCAAAAAUGGAUGCUCCGUCAGUGAAAAAGAUCACAAGCGCGUAGUUAAGCAGUUUAGACGUGAUCCGAGAGGUUCGGUCCGGGAUGUCGCCAAUAAGCUGAAUUUGUCAAGUUCAUUCGUCCAGCGGACCAAGCAGCGGGGGGGCCUGUGUACAUACAAGGUUCAGAAGGCUCCUAACCGCGACGAAAGGCAAAACAUGGUGGGGAAGACGCGAGCCCGGAAGCUGUACACCGAAAUGCUGACGAAGCCGCAUUGCCUGGUAAUAGACGACGAAACCUACGUCAAAGCGGACUUUCGUCAGCUGCCGGGCCUGUUGUUCUUCUCCGCAGAGGACAAAUUCAGCGUUCCGGAGGAGAUUCGCAAGCAGAAACUAUCCAAGUUUGCCAAAAAGUACAUGGUGUGGCAAGCGAUCUGUUCUUGCGAAAAGCGGAGCGCCCCCUUCGUAAUGACCGGCACGGUAAACGGGCAGGUUUACCUUAAGGAGUGCCUACAGAAGCUCUUACUACCACUAUUGAAGCAGCACGAGGGCCCGACCAUCUUCUGGCCGGAUCUCACUUCGUGCCACUAUUCAAAGGACGUGUUGGAGUGGUACGAAGCCAACGGGGUCACCUUCGUGCCAAAGGAAAUGAACCCGCCCAACGCGCCGGAGCUUUGCCCAAUAGAGAAAUAUUGGGCGAUUAUGAAGCAGGCCCUCCGGAAGAACCCAAAAGUUGUCAAAUCGGAGGCGGACUUCAAGAGAAAAUGGAUUUCUGUUCAAAAAAAACUACAACCUGACGUUGUACAGAACCUUAUGGACGGGGUAAAGAGGAAGGUGCGAGCAUACGGGCUUGGGCUCGAAGUAUGAAUAAAAAGAAAAUGCCAAAAGUUGUUGAUUUGUUUUUAUUUUACUGUCUAAAAUUUUCGAAAGGAUCGGUCUACUGGGCGAAUUUCUACAGCGUUUUUUCCGUGAUGCAAUUUGAUGUGACACGCCCUUUAGAUUAGUUAACCCUCAGUCAUCUGUAAUCGUUCUGUAUUUUAGAUACUGAAUAACAAAAGUGCUACGAAUUUUAUUUUUAAAGGCGCCUAAAUUCUAAAUUUCCAAUCAUACGGUGUUAAAUGGCCCAGCAGAAGUAUAAUAUCCCCAUGAGUUGUUUCUCUCAGAGACUUUAAAGCUCAGAGAAACAGCGCUUGUAUGAAUGAGAGAUUCCAUCAAUCUAUUCCCUUCAUGCCCACCAGCGAAGAGAAGAAACCGUUCCUCUAGGGAGCGUGUUCUCCCAGUAUUCGAGCAUUAAUUCUCCAGUCCAUUCUCCAGUUUUUCUCCUACAUUCUCUAAGCACAUAAUACAGAUGCCAGAUGUGAAGGCAUUUUUUUUUCGUUUUGAAGACAUUAAAUUUUGUGAAAACAUAUUGAAAACAAUUGUUUGUGUGAUUUAUCGAACAUGAUUUAGAAAUAUCGUGAUGGUUUGCUCAUUUUUGUUCAUUAUGAUUACAUUUGAAGACAUUCAUUCGUGCCAUGCAGAGAUAUUUGAAAAAAUCAUCUGAUAUUCCUCACAUACAAGCUAUUUCUCUCGUGAGAAUGUUUACGGCCGGAAGCGAGCAAAUUGUCCCGAUCGAGGGUAUGCCAUACUGCCCGAUGGUAAGCUGAUGCGGAAAAUAUCAAAUUGAGAAGGAAAUGAAUCCUUUCUUACCAUUUUCUCAAUAAACUCGACUCAAUAAAUAUGACCCACAGUUAUCGCCUCUGAAUCAAGCAACAAAAACCUUAUAGAAAUGAUGUAGAAAAUUACAUCGCUUCCAAAGAAAAUUAUUUUUCUUAUUUUUUUAAAGCAUGUAACAAAUGUAAAACUUGCAUGGUAGGAUUCUAUCAUUGACUAGCACGAUUGCCUAUAUCCAUUGCAUUUCUAUUCUUGCUGGAUUACGAGAAAAUCAGGCGGGUUAAAUUGCCCGGCAGGCGUGUUUUAGACACAUCUCCUCUAUAUACAUGUUUGCAGUACCUGAUGCAAACAUGACCUCUCCUGGAAAUGAUUAUCUCUCUCGAUGUUGAAUUUAAAUAGAGAGUGCGUAUCACUGUGUUUACAGUGGUACUGCCAUAGUCUUAUUUCUAAAUUAAAUACGUUAUAAUUUUUAAUUCAUAACAUCAGAUGUGAUGUUUGUUGAAUUUAUUAAUCAGUAACUGAAGUAAUGAUUGGAGAAGAGUACUGGUUAUAGCUAUUUCAUAACCCGGGAAACCCGAGUCCGAUUUCAAUUCGUAACGCCCAAAAGCGAUGCUGCUUUGUAAACCAAUAUUGUCAGAGAAAAUUAUUUUGUUUUGCAUUAACACUUCGACGGCCAUGUUGUUUUGGUCAAAAAGUUCGAAAAAACCUGGAAGGUUCCAAUGGUUGAUUCUUAUACUAGAUGGUGCCAGGAACCUAUCUAGCAUAAAAUUCCAUCCCCAUCUGCCAUAUAAUGGUAAAAACUACUAGUGUGUAGUACUGCACACGCGGCCUCAACUCAAGGUAAACGAGUAAAAUAUCGAAAAAUAUUAAAUCAUUAUAAAACAAUUUAAUUUUUUUAUUUUUAUAUAACUUUAUUUCAAACUUGUAAAAUGUCUUUUAUUAAAACAAUCCAGACAUAAAAACUUUUCGGAGCAUUCUGGGCAGUGAUAGAUUGUAGUUGGUAGAAUAAUACAAGCAGUGAUGCCAAACUAUAAGAACGGAGUGUCUUUUCAUUUUUGUUUAUGGAUUAUUGUUGGUUUUUGGUAUCUGUUAUUAUUUUAUUUUCAAAUAUAUGUACUUGUUAUAAUAAAUAAAAAAAAUUCAAAUCAAAAGAAAUAAAAAGAUAAAAUGAUUUUGAAUGAUAAACCAUGUUACAUAUUCAAUAAAUUUGGAACCGAUCCGAUUGAAUUUGUAUUAGAAUAAUUGAUUCCUUAUACGGCUUUUCGCUUUGCGGCCAAGUUUCAUGAAACGAAUCUAGGCCGUAAAGCGAGGUAUGGGAGUAGUAGAAAAAAAUCCAUACAAAAUCCAAAAUCCACUCAUUAUCGUUUGUACAUGUGCAUAAAGUUUAGAUCUGUUUUCUGCAUCAUAUACCUUAAGCGUCCGAAAUGUGAUUCAGAACGGUAUAUUCGUAGCGUUCUUCUUCUUCUUCAAUGGCACUAACGUUCCUAGAGGAACUUCGCCGUCUCAACGUAGUAUUACUUGCGUCAUUUUUAUUAGUACUUAGUUGAGAUUUCUAUGCCAAAUAACACGCCUUGAAUGCAUUCUGAGUGGCAAGCUCUAGAAUACGCGUGAUCACAGUGCAAGUCGGAGGAAAUUUCUUUGACGAAAAAUUCCCCCGACCAGAACGGGAAUCGAACCCGAACACCCGGCAUGUUAGUUAUGACGCUAACCACUCGGCCACGGGUGCACAACAUAUUCGUAGCGUUGCUUUCUCCAGAAAUUCAUUUCGAUUUCACCACCUCCAAAAAUACACUGCGAUUCGUAACUAUAGAACCACUCAAUUUUUCUGAGUUUCCAGAGAUAUGUAAGAGGUCGGUCGAAUUGAAGCAUACAGUGUAUGAUAUAAUAACAAUAUUCAUUUAUAAGGCUGGCCAUUUGAACUUUAUUGUUGUGUCUUUCAAACUUUCAAAAAACUAAAAUUCCAGUGUUUCUCACCUAUAGAACCAGAUGGAAAAACUCUCACUCCUUUACAAAAUUAACGUCAAUUUCACAUGAAUUACAAUAAGUUUCUAAUUUGUAUUGAGAUUGAAUAAAACUCUUUUCUUGAGUGCGUCUGGUCUUAUUCCGGUGACUCAAGCAAGUGACCGACUUAACCUUGGCGGAACUCUUAGAAGCCCGCUAAGUCACAUUCGGGUCGAGUCACAACGCAUCUCGUACAGUCGUACCAACCGUUGCGAUAAUCAAGUGUGUCGUAUUGUGUUGUAUGGGCUUUGUAUAACACCUUAUAUUAUAUUCAUGUUUUUUAUAUAAAUUGAAUAUAUUUGUAUAUGUGUCCUGUUUAGCUAUGAGUGUGUUCUACCGUUUUUGACGUGGGACUACGUCUAACCGGAGUAAUUGGGGGGGGGGGGGGUGUUAAAAUGAAUAAACACAGAACAUGCAGGAAAAAAAUGGAAGAUUCCGAAUGCUUAUAACUCAAACAUUUCUUACUGGAUCGGAAAGAUGUUUGCAUCAAUUGAUAGGGGAUAUUUCUACGCUUCUAUCGCAAUUGAUAGAAUGUUAUUUUUCAUUAGAUAAACAAUUGAAUAACUGUAAAAUGUGAAGCGUUAUCUAAACGCCCUAACUGCCUCGUUUUGAUUGGCCCGAUUCAAGGUUUCCCUGACACAGCCAUCAAAACCAAGCCGCCUUGGGGAUAUCGGUAUUGCAAACACAUGAAAGUUGGGGGUAUUUUUGUUUCGACUGAGUGUGUUUCCCUAACACAGACUUCAAAUCCAUGGAGCGUAGGAAAAUGGCAUUGCAAAUACAUGCAGGUCGGGGGUUAUUUUGUUCCGACUGAAAUAUGUUUCCCCAACACAGACUUCAGUACCAAGAUGUCUGGGGAAAUCGGCUUUGCUAACAAAUGCAAAUUGCGAGUACUUUUGUACUCGCUUGCCUUGGCAAACUAGAAAAUGCUUCCUUAACACGGUCUCCUAAACUUAGGAACCUGGGAAAAUCGUGCAGACACUAGAGACGAAUGAACUUUCAAGUAUAAAUCCUCUAUAGCAUUAAAGUGUUUUCCUAACACAGAUUACAAAAGCGGGUACGAACACAACGCUUUGGCUCGGUUAUUCAAGAUUGCAUUGAAGGAUUUGCCUUCAUAUCUUCUGCUCACUGAAUUUCUACGCAUACCAUUUGAUGAUUAGGCAAAAUGUUGAUAACCAUUUGCUGCGAUAACGCCUAUUGAUUAAAUAAUAUGCGUUCGACGCACAUGUCAAAAUUGAAACUGAGUGCCUGGAGUUUAUCAAAUCAAGCAAAUUCGCUGUUCGAGAAGUACAUACACUUGAGAGAUGCAAACUUCAGGAGGAAACGUAAAAUAAACUAAUCGUUUGAUAAUUCUUCCGUUCACAUAUUUUGUUCUAGGCAUCAUACCGAACGUAAAAGGACUGUCAUUAAAAUUACUUGUAACGAAGAACAUAAUAUAUAACAACGCAUGAAUUGACCUUACAUGGCAUUAUACAAUCUUUUUACUCACAAAGCAAAUAUAUUGAAGUCAAUUGAAUUCGGGAAUUGUUUCAUUCAAUCAAAAAUUCCAUCAAUACAAACAAAUGAUUGCUAAGCGUCAACCUUGCGGUUAUGUAAUAGGUAUAACCCAUCCAUUUUUUCAACGAAAAACUUUAUUUAUUAUCGUGGGAGGAGACGAAGCCUCAAACAACCCGAGCAAACAGGUGACCUGUCACACUUUCUUGGGAAAAUUCUCCCCAAACCAUAAAAACCACAUCUCCAAUACUGCGAGUCCGUAAACUACACGAAUGCACAAUCAAAAGUGCAAUGGAGUACUUCAGAAUCAUUUACUUCUGUUUUUGCAUCAAAAAUACCCUGAUAAUUAGUUUUUUUAUUCUCUAUUAUAGUGACUUUCAACACAUUUUGGCUGGUUCGUCACUUUUACUUCCAUUUUUGAAGAAUGUCGGGAGUGAGAAUUGAACUCGUGAUCUCUGCGUGAGAGGUAUGGAUGUUACCACUGCGCCAGAUCGCCUCCGAUUAUAAUUGGGUAAUUUGGUAUCAAUUCGUAAAAUCCGGUAAAAUCGUGGCAUGGUUUAAUGAAUAGGGGCUUAGGAUUCUGGACUGAUCAGCUUGUUUACCAGAUCAAAACUCUAUCAAAACUUAUGAGGAACGAUCGUACGAAUAGUAGAUGUAGUUUACAAUUAGUAUGAGUGAUUUGAAGAGCGUAAACGAACAGUAUCCUCUGCGUAGAACGAGAUACACACUACAACAUGCCGCUAUCUGGGUGAAACCACCCCGAAUGGGUUAUUUGAACUGAUUGAUGACUGAAAGAUGACCUAUAAAUUAGAAACUUAUUGUAAUUCAUGUGAAAUUGACGUAAAUUUUGUAAAGGAGUGAGAGUUUUUCCGUCUGGUUCUAUAGUUAUGAAACGCAGUGUAUAACCGUACGAAGUACGAAGUCACGGACAUAACUGACGUCAGAAAUUAUCGAGACCCUAGCAUCGAUUCGAACAUCUACCUAGUGAUGCUGAAGAUGCGCUCAAAGCUCUCAACAAAUUCAUUUUUUCCAGAAGAAGAUGUGUCGUCUAGAAGAGUACAAGUACGAAGAACUUGAAUAGCUGCACCACUCUCAUCCCGAAAAGGCUUCGUGCCACGGGCAGGAAUGUUUCAGAAUACGGAUGGAAGUCCCUUGAUGAACGAUCAUGAAGUGACCGAAAAGUGAAAGCAGCAACUCGAUGAACAGCUGAAUGGCGUACAGGCAGAGAACCGUGGUGCAGUAAAUAGUAAAGAUGUACCACCCCCAACGAUAGGUGAUGUUAAGAAUGCAAUCACACAGCCUAAGAACAACAAAUCAACUUUGAGCAAUCACCGUCCUGAAUGCCGUGCACAGAGUGCUUUCCCAAAUCGAACAGAUUCGCGGGAAGUUUUCAGGCUUCAUUGAAGGUCGGUAUUACGAAUAUUCAAUUCACACUUCCGCCAGAUUCUCCGCGAAUACAGUAUCCCUACGCAUUUGUCUACCUUGGCUCAACGGUAGCAUCCGACAAUGAUAUCAGUGGCCGAACCUGAGACAUAUUGCGAUAAUGUCGGGCAACUAUUUUGCAAAAAUGGUACUCUCCUGAAAUUCGAUGGGUAUGAGAAUACGAGGAACACACCUAGCAAGCUAGUUCGAUCAAGUGCACCACUCAGUGUCGCAUUAGAGGCGACUGUGAUCUCUAAUUGGGCAUUCUCGAUGAUAGUGGUGCAGUGUCGACGUCUGAUGGCGACUUUCAAUCUGGAGCCAUGAUUUGGGUCCCAAACUCGAUGUUUACAAAAAUGUCCAAUUAGAAGCGAAAAUGUUCAAUUAUUCAUGUCGUAUUACAGGUCUGUCCAAUUAGCUAAAUGUCGAAUUAGAUGUGACUUACUAGCCGCGCUUCGUACUAUUCAGCUUCAGGUAUAGAAAGAAGUCACAGGAACCAUUUAGGAAGAAUAAGGUUACAUUCGAUCAAUAUUAUUGUGAAAAAUUAUCAUGUUUCAGAUGUUCUAUAGUUCAUGGAAAUAUACAAAACAAACAACUCGGUGCACACAAUAUCGAUCGGUAGAGCUUGAUAGCUCCCUACAAAACUGGCGUGUUGCAUUUGCAUUGCGCUCAUUUGAUAAUUCCAGGGUUGCCAACUAUAAUUUUAAAAAUCAGGACAACUCAUAUUGGAUUAUCCGGAAAGUUCGUACCGAUUUUUGGGAGAACAAAAGCAUCAUUUUUAUGGGCAAAAAUACACAUUUAUUCAAUUUCAUAUGCACAGUGUUGUUACACAAUCUUUCUCCACCCUUCACGAAGCUAAAAAAUUAUAUUCUCCCAGAACAUCGAAAAUCGUUCAAGAUAUUUCAAUUCUGUCCAUAAAGUCGAAGUCUUUACCCUUGAAGGAAUUUCGCAGGGAUCUGAACAUGUGAUAAUCGGAUGGUGCAAACCACGGUUAUUUUAAUUAAUGGAAUAGCACCUCCCAGCAAGCCUCCAAAAUAAUUUGUCAUGUUGUCAGAAAGACAUGGAGUUUGGUGUUACCCUGAUGGAUAACGUCUAUCAUAUUGACUAAUUCUGCAAGUUUGUUUCGGAUCGCUGCUAUUGAUUUGUCCAGUUGCAAGUGGUACGUGUGGGAAUUUAUGGACUUGUUGCUUGAUAGAAGCUCAUAACAAAGAAUUGCUUUCCAAUUCCACCAAACAUAGACGUGCUUCUGAAAGUUCUUGAUGCCUGUGGAAAUUUGGACGUCUUUCUUACAGACACAGUAAAAUCCUACAUAACGAUCAGCGCUUGAAGCCAACCAAGACAAUUGCGUUUUCAAAUCUCUGGAAUAUUUGUGAUCAGCUUUAUUUCACUUCUUCGAUGGGAGUCAGUAUGCUCAUCCUAAUAAAAUCAGUUCAAAAAGGGGCAAAUAUGAGUGAUCACGCUUCCACAAAUAUGCUGCAUGUUCUGAAUGUUCAACGUAACACUCAACGUCAUCAUCUGACGUAUCGAUGGUAAGAACUAGAUAUUCAUUGGAAUCGACUCUUCUUCCGGAAGCGACUACUUCGGAAGCCUAAUAUUCAGCAUACUUCAGCAUACGAUUAACAUUGCAAACGAACCGCUUUUUUGAAGUACUAGAGCAAACUUUCGCUUGAGAAUGAUGCUUGUCUCUAUCUAGGCAUUGUCACAACUAUGUGAUAUUAGUAUUGUGAUAUAACUGCGCGGUUAAAAGCAAAACAACAACAAAAAUCACUUAUAUAGCGACUGUAUCACAAUCUGUGAAAUUUUUAAUGAAACGUCUCCACUUAAAGCAACGAGAAUAAUGAAUGCAUUCAGCUUCGAGAUCAAUUGCGAAAGAUUAUUCAGGGACAUCAGACUUUUUCCAAAUGUCUGCACCAUAAAAAAAAUGUCAUUCUAUAUAAAACGAUUUCCCUCGCGACCUUUGAAACAUUCCUUGAAUUUGUCUAGUGAAACAUUCCACGAAUUUGCAGCAGAAUAGAGACAUACCAUACUACGUAUUGUUUAUUUCUAGAUCGACCAAAUGCACCAACGUUCCAUAUUCUUUGCCAGAGUUCCUAUGAGUUCGUCAGCCGACGAUUCAUGGAGAAUACUUACCCUACAAUACUGUAUCAAAACCGAAACAUUGAGCAUACCGUAAAAUUACAUGUUUUAAUUUUCACUCUCUUUUCCUCACAUCUUUUUUGCGUUCAACCACACCUACACUGCGAAUAUUACAACAUUUUGUCACCACGAAUUUACUUCACGCAACAAACAAUCAAACAAACAAACUACAACAACAACACAAACACGAUCAUCCAAAUGAAAUCGGCAAACUCUAAUCCACAUUCUACAUAAACAAAACUUGAACGCGAAUCAACGCAAUAUCAAACACGCAUCACAUCCCUCGCCUAGGACGGUAAGAUCACCUGCCGUUACGAUGAUCAUUGUGUUGAUGAUGAACUACGAAAGAUUAAAGAGCCUCCUGCAAUUGAUAGUGUUAAGAGUAGUCUUUCUGAUAAUAAACCAUCGCAAACAACGACCCCAAAGACAUCAA